GCGGCGGGCGGGGCCGCUCGUGACCUCACUUCCCAGGGCCGGGCGGACUCCGCGCGCUGGCGGUGGUAUGGAGCAGGGUCUCUCCGCUAUCACCCUGUACUGCGCCUCCCCAGCCGGGACCGCAUCCCCCGUUGCCCCCGGCGCUAUGGAACAGGAGCAGCUGCACUCAAAUGGCGAUAGAGGCUUUGAGAAUGUGGAACUGGGGAUCAUAGGAAAAAACAAGAAAAUCCCAAGAAGGGUCAUUCACUUCGCAAGUGGAGAAACCAUGGAAGAAUAUAGCACAGAUGAAGAAGAUCCGGUGCAAGAAAAAAAAGACCUCUUGCCUUCUGUUGAUCCUACUGCGCUUACCUGGGGACCCUACUUGUGGUUUCAUAUGCUAAGAGUUGCCACGUCAACCUUAUCAGUGUGUGACUUCCUUGGGGAAAAGAUUGCAUCCGUUUUGGGCAUAAGUACACCAAAAUACCAGUAUGCCAUUGAUGAGUAUUACAGGAUGAAGAAGGAGGAGGAAGAGGAGGAGGAAGAAAACAAAAUGUCAGAAGAGGCGGAGAGACGAUAUCAAGAGCAGCAGAGCAAGCCACAAGAUGAGACUACUGUCCAGACAGACCAACCUGAGGCAACAGCAUGUAAUGCAUUUGUGAAUCUCAAUUUUGAAACUGAGGGAGACUGCCAAUCUGUUGCAGAAAGUAAACAAGACUUAACUACUGUCCCUACUUAAAAUAUAAGGUUCUGUAUAAUGCCAAAAUUUUUAAAUUGGCAGCAAAAGUGUGGGAAAAAUCUUGCUAUACUUUUCCAGUGGAAUGUAACUCACUUAAAACUCUGGCCAGGAGAGAGCUAAAUAAUGUCUGUUCAGUCCACAGCUAUCCUGCCAAACUGACAUUUCUGUUAAAAUAAAAAUUUUGGACAACAAAAAAAAUCAGUUGAGUAUAAAUUAAAUAUGCUAGACCUCUCAUCUUUUUCUGCACAGUGUAGGUAAAAAUGUCUCUAAUCUUUUCCCUGAACAUCUGGUGCCUGUCUGACACUUGUGGAUUGAAGAAAGUGCUAUUUUAUACUUUUAAAAACCUAUUUUGUAUUUAUAAAAUCCUUAUUGAGAAUUAGCUCUCUCUGAAUAGAUUGUCUGACUAAUUAGUGGCUUCACAAGGCAUCUCAGUUCACAAUAAUGUCCUUAUUUAUUGUCACCAUAUUAUGUAUUUAUUUUUUUAGACACUAGCUUUAACCUAGAGGUGUCUGAGUGCCUGUUGAAAUAAUUUCCUCUUUUUAAAAGGAGGUUGUAAGCACUAUUAGAACUUGCUCAGCUAAAGCUACAUCAAUUGUGGAGAUUAGCAGUGCUCAGACAACGAAUUCUGUUGUCUAGGAAAGAACAGUAUGAGCAGCAGCUGUGUGAAGCACAUUCUCACUCCAUUUAUGAGAGACACUUCUCCUAGCCAGUUAAAUACAUAGUUUCAGUAGGUUCUAAUAAGGUCCUAGGAAGUAAAUUGAAAUCUGAUUCCUCGGCUUGAAUUAAACACUCCAAUUGUCAACAUUUUAAAGACAUAGGGUACCAAUCUAUAGCUAAAAGUGUGCUAUUUGACUGUUUGGUCUACUCUAGAGCACUUAUAUGAUGCUGUAGAGUCUCCAUAUUAUUACUUGAAUGGAAUAUUUGUGUAUAUCAUGCAAAAAUAACUUGCAAAAGAGAAAUAGUUUAUUUCCCGGCACUCAUACCUGAGCCCUCUAGGUAGGGAAGGAAGGAACUGUAGUAUUCCCCAAGCUCUUGCAGUGCAGAAUGUUGGUAGGUAAAUAAAAUAGUGUAUCGUUUCUGCUCCACCAGCAUACAUCAUGUAAUAAUUUCAAAUGAAAACCUUACUAUCUUUAGGUGAGACUUCUAAAAUUUAAGAAAACAUUAGAAAUCCCGAGUGAGAUUCUCGUGGGCUGCAGCCCACAAGGGGAAAAGUUACCACCUUAAGGGCUUCCUGAUUCUGGAUACUUUUAGGGGACCGUCGGACCUGUGACAAUCCUCUGGGGCUGUGGCCCUACCACAAAUGCCUAUAGCACUCUGAGCUUGCCUGCUGUGCCCCCUACCCUGGGACUUGUUUCAGAUCCAUUGCAGAACUACACAGGGUAGUUUUGUACUGUGCUUGUGCUGAGGGAAUUCUUGCUCUGCCAGGUAUGGGUCUUUUCUGGUCUCUUCAUAGUGCUUCAGCAGCGGUCUUAAUCAACUGUCCUUUUUUGCUUUGAUGCUCUGUCCUUUGCCUCUUUUCAGCUUUUGAUGAAUGUAAAUCAGCAACAUCCUUAGCAUUGAACAUCUGCAAGAGGUAGCUUGAGUCAAUUGUGAGUGAAACAAAGAACACAUUGGUAAUAGAUGAACUGCUUAGAGCCUACAUCAUUUAAAAUUGGUAUUUGUUCAGGGCAAAAGCCUACAGUAACUUAUGAAUAAAAUCUUUAUUAAUGGAGAGAAGGAUGUUUUAGCUUUUUCUGCCAGAAAUUUAUCAACUGUGACUGCACUAUUGUCUAUUUUCUUGUACUUUCUGUUGCAGUGAGCAAGGAAUGCUUACUGUCAUCGUGUUUAAAGUUCUUUGUAUAAAAUGUAUUACUCACUGUGCCUUAAUACUUAAUCCUUUCUUCAGUUUAUGCACAAUGUAUGAAAGUGGUUACUUUAACAUUUGCUGUAAAUGCAUAUUACUGGUUAUUUUAUAUUUAAUAUAAUUUUGAACUUUA